AUGGCCUCCGCGCCUUCCGUGCGCGGAGGGACAUGGACUCCGCCGCCGCCCGCUAGACCAGCAUUCCCCCCUUCCGCACCUCCCCAUUCCGCGCCUCCCCCUUCCGCGCCUCCCCCUUCCGCUCAACCCCCUCCGCCGCUCCCCUUCCAUCUCUGGCGGCGCCGACAGCAGCGCCGCGUGCGCUCCGCGUUCUCCGCCGCGUCUGGCGCGCGGAAGCAGUGGGACGCCGCCUCGGCGGACGGGCUGCGCGCCGCGACAGCUGUCGUGAACCGAUUGGUGCAGCUGAAGCAGCUUCCCAGCAAGGACAUGGGGGCGUUGACCAGCAUGGGGGGCAUUGUGCUCAGGGCUGCAGAGAAGCUUAAACGCCUCAUGGCUGCAGCUGUUGAAGCCCUCGGCUCUGCUUUACUGCCCGUCUGCCCUCCCCCACAAAUGCCGCCUCCCUUGCAUGCACCUGAUGCAACAGUCGUUUCUCCAGCAGAACCUGAUUCAACAGUCAUGCCGUUCACUUUCGGGACAUCACUGGCAACACUAGCAGCAACACCACCAGCAGCAACAGCAGCAGUCACAGCAGCAGCAGCAGCAGCAGCAGCAGCACCAGCAAUAUCAUCAUCGCCAUCGCAAUUUCGAACAGCAUCAGCAGCUUCAGUGUCACCCUCACCGUCAGCUGCAGUGUGGGAUGCAGAUAAGGCGUGGGAGGAGGCAUGGCAGGAAAGAGACAUGUACCCUAAGGAACCCAUCUUCACCGCUCUCCAUCUCUCCGUUUUCGAGGGGUGGGCUGUUGACGUGGCAGAUAUGUUUCACAGGGAGCUGCUGGUCAAGCGGCUCAUAGUAUCUUCGCUCACCGCAGCAGUCACCCUUGAAGCCACCACUGCACGCGCCACCGCCACCACCAUCGCUCCAAGCACCACUGCUCCAAUCACCACCUCCCAUAGCCCACUGAGACUCCCUCUCAACAUCCCUCCAUUGUGCCUGCCAUUCAUUGGCCAACCACCUACCACUGUGACUGCUCCCAGAGUUGCUGCUGCUGAGUGUCUGGCUGCUGCUGCACUCGAUGCUAGUGCUGUUGCCACGGAACAAGGAGCGAGCACGGGUGGAAGGACGGAAGCAGGAGGAGGCAGACUAGGAGCAGCAGGAGAAGUAAUAGCAGGAGCAGGGGGUGAUGCAGCCACAUCACGGCACGAGGACAGCCGUGAGACACCAGCAGCAAGAGAAGAAGCGGCAGAGGGGGAAGCAGCAGGGUGCUUGCAGGGAGAGGGGAUGGGGACUAGUAGUGGAGAUACAGAGGCAAUGGUUGGUGGAGAGAGUGAUGAAGGACGUGUUCAGGGAGGGGCUGCAAUGGAGCAAGGACAGAAUGGAUGGAAGGGACAGGCGUGGGCACACGGGUUUGGGGCAGCAGGGGGAGGCGAGUGGGUGGUGGUGCAGCAGCAGUUGGAACAGUCGGGGUUGCUUGCCCGCUCGCCCACGCCACAACAACUACAGGUGUGUCUGGUGGCGUGGCUGGUGGAGAUGCACAUUGACUCUCGGCACCUAUCCUUCAUCUUUGCUGCCGUAGAUGAGGAAGUGAAAAGCGCAGCAGCGUAA